GUUUGGAGGAGUCACUAAAAAUGGUAUGUUUGUAUACCAAUAGGAAAAUUGAGAAACAGGAGAAACGUGAGGCGGAGAUGAGAGAAGCAGAAGAAAGGAGAAAACGAGAAGAAGCGGAAAAAACACUGAAAGAGGAGAAAAACCGUUUGGAGAUUGUGAAGCAAAAAGCCAAGGAUGACAAGGAGGCGAAGCGGGAAUGGAAAAUGGAGCAGCUAUUAGCCAAGCACAAACAAACGCUGUGUGAAGAAUUCGAGGUGAUGUUCGAAAAACGUUUGCGGAAUGUCAUUGUGUCUCAGAGAGCAGUGAAGGGGAAGGGCAAGAUGGAAUCCAGUGAGGAUGAGGAAGAGGAGGAAGAGAUGGAGGACUGGCUGGAGAAGAGGAAGCGCCAACUAGCUGUAUCAUGUAUGAUUAAUCCUCCGGAGGAAUUUCCGCCGAAGGUGGGGAAAGCCUCCAUGUCGAUACAUCGAGGAGUUCCCGAGGAGCCGUUUCCAAGACUGGGUGUCCCGAGAAGAAGGAGCAGAGUGGAUGGCGAGAGGGAGAGGAUGUAUCAUUACGUGGACUCCCCGCUAUGGGAGGGCGCCCCCUCAGCUGAUGAGGAGAUGUGCCGCGAAGCUGGCGUUGUGUAUCGCGGUAGACCCGAGGCAGUGGACGAACUGGUGGAAAUUAGAGUUAUGUACCUCAGCAUCGAUGGAAAUCAACCUCCAGUUGUAGCACCAAGACAAACAACUCCGAGGCAGCGAGGUGGUGGAGUAGUCAUCAGAGAAGUACGGGAGACCUUGCGCGAAAUAGCGCCGAACCCGCUAGCUGACGUGCAUGCCCCAGGAGGUAAUGACUCCCGUAAUAACGGAUCGGUGGAAUGAACUUUGUAAGUGCCUACAUGUACGUAGGUUAUUUAAUGUAGAUCCUAAUAUUGGGACCAAGAGGCUACGUGAGGUGCUGGAAUGU